AGGACACAGGGCAGAAAGGGAGCUUCUAAACCUCUCAUUUCAUAACAGCUGCUCAGGAAGCACUGUGAUAAAUCGGAGGAAGACUCUCAGAAAUGUUUCAUCAUACUGAUUUUCCCUAGGAGGAAUGAACACCAAUCUUAAGUGAUUCAGGUUAAUGUUCUAUUUACAAAAAGCGUGUGUUCUUUGGUGAAUAAGGUUACUGCUGCAUCAAAAUAAAAAAAACACCACCAGGAGUAUUUGAGCAGAAUCGAAAGAAUUAAUACUUCUGGAAAAGCAAGUUUAACUUUACAAGCAAAUGUCCAAGAUAAAGAAUGAGGAUAAAACUAGAGUGAAAGUGCAGGAAAACACCAGAGAGGAAAGGACACAAAGGUUAUUCAUCAACGCAGAAGAAAUGUGUUUGGCUGAUGUGUUGACAGACCCAAGGCAAUUGCAUAAUCGGGCAUCACAUAAAAAGCUUGGUAGUGUUUGACUUCUUUAAACCCUGAAGGACUGUCCAGAACAAUCAGUGUUGAUCAUUUUGGAGAAUUCCAGUGUGGGAAAAAUGAAAAUACAUGCUUUCAAAACCCAUCAUGUCCAGCAAAGGUUUGUAUAGUUAAAAAGGAAAAAACGAAUAUGACAAACAAAAGCAAAAUACUACAAGAUAAUGUCAAGAUUUUUGGAAAGCCCCGAAUAAUCAUCACCGUGAUGAAACCAUUCGGACUGCGAAUUCUCCGUUCCAAUACAAUCCCAACAGUAAAUGUGUCUACUCGACGCAUUCAAAAAUGGAAAAAGAAAAUGCGAACCCGAAAUAAACAGCAGAGUGAAGGUACUCAGAAGAAGAAAAUUUUGAUCCCAGUUGACAAUCAUCUGGAAAAGUCAAAUGAUUACAUUGUAAAGGAGUGGAUUCGACGAAAAAAUGUGUUACUAAGAAAAGAGAGAGAAAGGAAGAAGAAGCAGAGACGCUUAGAAAAAGCAAAUAAUAAAAGACAAGAAAUUGAUCGUCAAAAGAGGCAAAAAGAAUCGGAAGAAAAGGUUAAAAUAUGGAUGAAAAACAAAAUCAAAACCAGUACAAAGAAGCAUAUAAACACUAAUGAGAACACAAUUUCACUCAGUGCAGAUAAAAAUGCUCAAAAUAUAAAGAUGUCACCUCCUGUAGUAAAUGCAGUCAAAAAAUCUAUUAACCAGAACCCAAAUAAAAUCUUAAAGAAUGAUAAACAAAUAACUGAAGAAAAAUUGGAGUUGAAAAAGAAAGGAGUCCUUAUUCCAGGUACACGGAAAUCCAAAGCUGAGACAGUAUCUUUAAAACCAUCUUUUGUUUCAAUAGAAAAUCACCUGAUGAAUUCAUGCAAGGUGGACUCCAUUGUGGUUCCAAAUUCAAAGCAAGAUGACGAAGAUUUUCAGACGUCGAACAGUAAGAAGGUACAGAAGAUUAAAUUAUUGCAUCGACAAAUGGAAGUAAAAUCAGUUUCAAAACCAACAUCUUUCAAUGUGACAAAAAGAGAUUCACCAAGUUUCAGCAAUACACCUCAAACCAAAGAAUUCAAGAAUGGUAAUUCCAGAAGUGGAAAGCAUCUCUUACACAAACUUCCGUUCAAUGAAUUGCUUUCAAGAAAGUCAAAGAAGCCCAAGGAGAUGCAAGCAAAAGUGAAGGAAGAAGAAACAGAACUGGACAAAGAUCUUCAAUUUGUUGUCCCAAAAGUGGAAAAUAUACAAAUGCAAAACAAAAUAAAUAGCAAAAAGACAGUAUUUGGAAAGAGAGAGUUUGAUAGGUUAGCUAAUAUUUCAUUAGCAUCUGAAGUCACGGGGGUAACUCCAAAACCAAAAUGGCUCCAGGAAGCCAAAGUCACUCCAGCUGUAAAGAACUGGUUUGUGCACAGUUUGGAAGAGAAUCUGAAUGCUGAAAAUAGUAAUUCAUCACCACAAGAUGGCCAGAAAGUCCAACUUAAGACAUCUUAUUCUUUGUGUGGAAAGACCUACGAAGCAGCUAAAGAUAAGUCUAAUGUCCUGAAACAAAAUGGUGCACUGAGAGAUAAAGAGAUCAAAGAAAGUUCAGAGAAAAUAUUGUUUGGCUUUAAUGAAAAACUCUGUCAGAGAUCAUGUGUUCAUGGAAGUGAAAAGCCAAAAUAAAAAAAAGCAGCCAAUAUGUUACUGAACUUAUCUCAUACUAGAAUUACAUUAUAGUCAAACACAUGAUAGAGAAGAUUCAUUUAAUUUGAUCAAUAUGGUAUACUGACCAGUAGAUUAAAAUUAUACACAGAAGUAAAACUGUCCAUCAUCCUUCUGAUGAUCAAUUUUUUCUUCAUAAAUUACAACUUAAAUGGUUGUGAAAGAUGCAAAAUGUUUAAAUGACCAAAUGUCAUAUUGGUAAACCACAUUCCUUUGAAGUUAUUAACUAAUUUCCAAAAUCAUGAAAUGCCUGAAUAGUAUGCAAAAGUUUCUAAACUAUUUGGUUUUGUAAAGGACUAAUUCUUUGUUUGUGGAAAAGGAAUCAUUCUACUAACACAGGAUUGUAUUCUUUCAAUUAGGUCACACAGCUGAUGGUCCAAAUGUUCUCAAGUUUGAUUCUGUAGUGUGUUCCUUGGCAGAAAUUCGAGUUUAUCUGUCAUUGGAACAUGCAUACAAACACUAUGCCUUACAAAGAUUUGUACUGAAUUUGUCAGAAAGAUGAGGUAAUAAAACUGAACUGUAUAACUAAUGGACCAAUAGGGUUCCUCUGGUUGGCAGGAGAGAUGGAUCAAUACUCUGCCUAUGAACUAGAAUUAUGUUCCUUUCCAAAUUUGCUCUUAUUUUCUGAUUAUAGCAGAGCAAAUAAGGAAUCAAAAAGUACUUGGAUAAGCACUUGAAGUACCCUAACAUAAAAGGCCAUGAGCCAAGAGCUAAAUAGUGCCAUGAGACUGGAUGACUCUGUAUCAGCCAGCUUCCAUGCUGUACAUUUCUCUGAUUCUACAAAUUAAGUGGCUGGCAUAACAUCAACUGUGAGUAAUUAAGGUACAGUAUAUCUUUAGUGAUUAGUAUAACAAACUUAAUCAGAGGGAUCUGUUUAUAUAAUGGAGCCUGUUCCAAUUUGAGUAAAAUAAUCUGUCCUCCUGAUUAUCUGGAGCCAGCUACAUGAUAAGGCAGCUAAUCAUGAGAAUAUUAAAUAGGUUAGAAGUCCAAAAAUCUACUUAUGUAUGAAAUGCACUUUUGAAGAAAAUUACUAUGAUACAUAAGAAGAGUUCUUCAAAAUUAUUUAAGGAGCUGGAGAAGAUCUAAUGCUAUCUUCAUAAUGUUUAGAUUGACCAUCUAUAGUGUCUGAAUGAAGUCUGUUCCACAUACUCAACAGUUCUAUGAAAGUCAGUCAAAAAUUGACUGUGAACUGAAGGUGAAAAGAGGCUUAGCUCAUUUUGCUCUGUUAAGGGUCAUCACUGUAUUUUCAGAUGAUCAUUUCUAUUGAUGGGGCCUGAUAGAAUGAACCCACCAGUGAUCCAAUUAAAGUGAUCAGAAACCUGCAACAUUUUCAUGAUGAAGCCACCUUAGUAUUUAUUAGCAAUACAUUUAGAACAACUCAUCAGUAAGAGGGAUAUAAAUCUACAUCUCCCUGUGGAACCCAGCUGGUGCAGGCCAGGUGAAAGUGAGAAGGUCCAGAGGUUGGGCAUUUCAGACUGUCAAAUGUUUUAGAGUUAGUGGGAAUUGACACUUCUCUCUGGAGGCAGCUACAUGAUGAGGCCACAUCAUUUAUAAAUCUUUAUGUUAACAGCUUGUAGAGAUUCUUUGAGCGUCACUGCUUAAGGCCACUCUACAACAAUGGCACUAAAUCCAUUGUCACUUCAAAAUUACAUUGGGUCCAUUUGACAUCAUAGGAGUGCUAAUGAAACUCCUAUCUAUUUCCUGAGGAUUUUGACCCAAGAUUUUGGAAGUGAGAAAUCAACUUCCCGGUAUAUAACUGUUUCAGACAAAUGUAGUACCACAAAAUGGAUUGUAGCAAUAUCUUGCCUAUUUCGUAUCUCUAUGUGCACCCAUUUCCAUUUCCUAAUGCUGCCAUUAUUAUGUAAGAGUGAAUAAGGAAAGAUAGCUUUGGACUCUGAGUCACGAAGAACUGAAUUGCAAUUGAAUAUACGCAUUUCACAAUAAGAAGAUUCCAAUCAAUAGGUCGCAAAGUUUAUAUAGAGCCAAAAAUACAAAGCUGUUACAAUGAUGUCUCACAAUAUUGACUUUUACAUUUUCGGUACAGGUCUGAACCCCAGUCACAGAGGUGAAUGGCAGCAACAUAUUGGGUUCACGACUAAAAUGUAUUCAUAAAUAUGAGAGAAAUUCUGAACAGUAAUCAAUUCCUUCAAAACCAAGUAUGAUUUGUAAUUGUUUGCUUAUAAGCAAUAUACAAAUAUUUAUAAAUUAUCAAGGAUUCCUGAUUUGCCUUUAUCUUGUUGAGGGUUGUUUUUUUUCAGUAUUUUUCUGUUUACUAGUUAGGGUACAAUCAUGUUACAGAUUGCAUGCUAUGUUAACUCCUUUAUGGUAAGAGCUUGUAGAUGUAUUAAAGCUCCUACGAAGUGUAGACUUAUUUAUUGCCAUACUUGUUGCCAGACAGAUUAGGUUAAGAUGGAUAAUCAGUUAGAGGGAUUAAUAGGCACUGAGAUUAGAAGUGAUCUGUGGAGAAUGGUUAGAUGUCGAGUGCCUGUAGGAAAAGAGCUUCUGGAGAACACAGGAAUAGGAUGCCAAAUUGAAUGGUCAGCCACAAUCAUACUGAAUGAUGGAGCAGUCUCAAAGGGCUGACUGGCCUAGUCCUGCUUCUAUUUUCAUUGUUUCUAUGUUUAUCUCAAUGAUUACUUUCAAUAGAAUGUGUACUUUAUGGCACAUGUCAAAAAUGAAACCUUCCUGCCAAUAUUAAUUCUGCUACCAUGUAUUUGCAAUGUGAUUAUUUAUCUUCAUUGCUGAAAAGUCUUUUAAGUCUUCUGUAUAGCAAUUCUGCAACUGUGCACCACUGUACUGGAAGAAUUUUCAUGCUUUUGACUUCAAAAUGUGUAUUUCCUAUAUUUUGUGAAUAAAAUGGAGAAUUCUUAUCAUUUGCCAUUAAACUGAAGGAUUCAGUUUAAGGUAGCAUAUGUAUUAGAACAUUUUGACCGACAAGUACCCCUCCAGGCUUUACACUAUCCUGACUUGGAACUGUAUUGCAAUUCCUUCACCGCUGCCCAAUCAUGGUCCUGGAUCUCCCUUCCAGACAACAUUAUGGGUAUCACUACAGCAAAAAGGUUGCAGCAGUUCAAGAAUAUAGCUGCAGACGAUUAAGGAAUGGGCAAUAAAGGCUUG